UUCGCUGAAUCAUUUUCGAUUGAGUCUUUUAAUUUUAUUUUUUUUUUUUUUUUUAUUUAUUUUUUUAUAAAUUCUUGUUCAAAAGCGAUCCAUAAGUAUAAACAAAAAUGCCAGCCGAAAAUCUAGAAGAUGAAAGCUUAGCUAAAAAUCCAAAUUUGGAACUAUCACAAUGGCUUUUCUUAUUAACCAUUGAAGAUAAUGCAUCAAUUCGACAAAAUCUUAUGGAUGCUAUCACUCAAAAUGACAUGGCACCUUUCUAUAAAAUGGUUUGUGAAACUUUAAAAUGGCCAAUUAACGAAGAACUUUACGAAAAAAUGAAAAAGAAGAAUGAUGAAAAAAUUAAAGAAUUUGAUUUUGCUAUUGAAGAUGCGGAAAAAAAUCUGGGUGAAAUGGAAGUUCGUGAAGCUAAUCUGGCCAAAGCCGAAUACUAUAGUAUGAUUGGCGAUAAAGAAAAUACAAUGUCUGCUUUUCGAAAAACCUACGAUAAAACAGUGUCGUUGGGCCAUCGUUUAGAUUUAUUGUUUCACAUUAUCCGUAUUGGUCUUUUUUAUUUGGAUCAUAAAUUGAUUUCUAUCAACAUCGAAAAAGCAAAAGAACUCAUUGAAGAAGGUGGUGAUUGGGAUCGUCGAAAUCGAUUACGUGUCUAUCAAGGUUUCUAUUGCAUCACCAUUCGUGAUUUUCAACAAGCUGCAUCACUUUUUUUGGACACAAUUUCAACGUUCACUUGCUAUGAACUUUGUGAUUACAAAACGUUUGUAGCCUAUACUGUUAUUACGGCCAUGAUUUCUUUGCCUAGAGUUCAACUCCGAAAAAAUGUCAUAAAAGGUGCUGAAAUUUUGGAAGUACUUCACGGAAAUCCCGAACUUCGCGAAUUUCUAUUUUCGCUAUACGAAUGCAAUUACAGUAAAUUUUUUGAGAAACUUUGCUGGAUCGAAUACUUUAUGAAAAAAGAUCGAUUGUUUCAGCCACAUUAUCGUUUUUAUAUUCGUGAAAUGCGUAUUCUUGCCUAUAAUCAAUUAUUGGAAUCGUAUCGAAGUUUGGAACUAAAAUAUAUGGCCGAUGCUUUUGGUGUCACUGUCAAUUUCAUCGAUCAGGAAUUGGCUCGUUUUAUUGCUGCUGGAAGACUUUUCUGUAAGAUCGAUAAGGUGAACGGUAUUGUCGAGACCAAUCGGCCGGAUGCCAAAAAUCAUCAGUAUCAGGCAUGUAUCAAACAUGGCGAUAUUCUAUUAAAUCGUAUUCAAAAACUUAGCCGUGUCAUCAAUAUAUGAAAAUGACACAGAAAAUUUUAUCUAAAUAAUAAUAAUAAAAUAAAAUAUAUAAAUUUUCCAAAGA